AUGGCGGUGAGGAGAGUGCCGGCGGGGAGGCCGCAAGUGGAGGAGGUCGUGGACGGCGUCGCGGCACAACUGUGCGAACGAGCUGUCAAGCGAGGCUGGAGGUGCAGGCUGCUGGUUCGGGAACCGAAUCUGAUACUGCCGAACAUUCGGGAGGCGAACGUGGAGGUAUGCGAACGGGCUGAAACUGCCAAACGUUCGGGAGAUGAACGUGGAGGUAGGCGAACUGGCGAAUGGGAGACAACUGCCGAACGUGGAGGUACUGUCACUGCCGACCGUUCGUUUCCCGAACGGGGAGGUGAAAAAACUGCCGAACGUUCGAGAGUUGAACGGGGAGGUAGCCAUACUGCCGGCCGUUCGGCUGCCGAACGGGGAGGCAGGAAAACUGCCGAACGUUCGUUUUUUGUGUCUUCUUUUGCAGGGAAUGAAGGAGAAGUGGCUGCAAGUGAUAGGAGUCCUGGAAAGAGGCCUGGACAAGCACGGGCCAGCGGAAGAAGGACGAGCGGUACAGCAUGCUUGGCAGCAGGUCACGGGAAUGCUGGAAGCGCUGUUGGAGGAACAGGGACAGCGGCUAUGA